GACCAUGCGCUUGAAGCGUCAUGGGUUUCUUACGAGACGUCGAUUUGGUGUCCAACUGCGUUCCUGACUGUGAAGGCUACGGGAUAGUUGGUAAUGGACUUCAUAGAGCCCAGUGCUCACUGUAUUCGCGGGUUGGUUAUAGAGACGAUCUGCCGCUAUGAAUAUAUAUAUCAAGAAAUCACACCUAGGUUCUGUCAUAACCAUGCGGGGAAGCAGCAGCUGACAAGCUUUGACUAGAUCAAUGUAUGCUUCAGGAACCCACUUCUAUUGGAGAAGCAUUUAGGAAAUCAUUUAAAAUACUGUCCGUCCGUCUGAGCAUGCACCUCUUCCAAAGACGUCGCAAGCUCACACUCUAGACUCUCCUCUUGCUACAAGGAUGCUCUUUCAUCAUCUCGUCAUAUCCUUACUUGCAUCUCUUCGGUUGAUGGGAGUUCUUGGUGGCUCUGUUCAGAACCCGUUUCUGCUCCUACCUCCAGAUACCCAUAUGCAUCAACAAGCCGUGGUAAACAUAUUCCUAGAUUGCUAUCAAGCAUACAAACAGUUCGCAUUUCCCCACGAUGAUCUCACACCUGUGACCAAGUCAUUCUUUGAUGGUCGUAAUGGAUGGGGUGCAACCGUCGUCGACGCGAUGACAACAUUAGCAAUUAUGGGACAAGAGGAACUCUUUAUCGAAGCCGUUGACUUCAGUUCAAAGAUUGAUUUCAACGUUUCACACACUUCUGAUACGGUCAGCGUGUUCGAAACUACAAUUCGGUACCUUGCAGGAUUGUUGAGUGCAUAUGAACUCAGCGGGCAGAAAUUCCCUGCACUGAUUGAGAAAGCGAAGGAAGUUGCCAAUAAGAUGGCAUUCGCUUGGGUUCCCGGAACCAGUCCUAUACCAUUCAUGAAUAUAGACUUUAAUACGAGCAUCCCCAUUUUGGAGAACUCAGUCAUCUCGCAGGCUGGGACGCUGAGCUUGGAGUGGUUCACUCUCACGAAGUACAGCGGCAAUGACACCUAUCGCAAACUUGCCGAAGAUACGGUCCGACAUAUCGCUCAACUUCCUGCACCCCUUCCAGGCCUUGCUGCUCAAGGUCUCAAUCCAUCCACUGGAAAGUCUGUCGGUGCAUUCGUAACUUGGGGGUCAGGUUCUGACAGCUAUUUUGAGUACCUAAUCAAGUAUGCACGACUCACCAACACUGACGACAAUCUCUUCGCGGACACAUGGGCAACUGCGGUAGACAGCUCUCUCAAAAGAUUGGCCAGGACGUCGACAGUCGGAAACCAUUUGUACCUGGCCGAUCAGCAGGACGACGGCACUCUUAGACAUAUUGGAUCCCACCUGGAAUGCUUUCAUGCUGGAAAUUGGAUGUUUGGCGGCCGCCUUCUGGAUAAUCAGACUAUUGUUGAUACUGGCCUCGAACUGAAUGAAGCUUGCUGGAACACUUACGCCAGUACGAUGACGGGAAUUGGUCCAGAAAUCUUUGGCUUCUUCUCAUCUGACGGCAACUUUACCGGGGCAACACCAACAGCAGAAGACCUUGCUUUCUACGAGAAACACGGGUUUUUCCUAUAUCCCCAGGCAGAGUAUUAUUAUCUUCGCCCCGAAGUCCUGGAAUCCAACUUUUACGCCUGGCGUGUCACCGGAAAUCGAACGUACCUCGAUCGCGCUGCAUCUGCAAUCAACAGUAUCAAUAAGUUCCUCAAGGCACCAGUUGCAUUCGCUGGCAUUUGGAACGUCAAUGAAGCGGACUCAGGGUUCAUUGACGAUACAGAAAGCUUCUGGUACGCGGAGGUCUUGAAGUACUUAUACCUCACCUUCGAUGAUCCGAGUCACAUCAAUCUGGAUGAAUGGGUCUUCAAUACCGAAUGUCAUCCUUUCAAGGCACCCACCGCUAAGGCCGUUUAUGGUAGCGGACAAGUCAUUGACCAGUCCUCCUUUGGCCCCUUCAAGCCUGAAAGUGGGCCAUUACCUGCGGUUAGCCCCGCAGUUAAAUUGCCAGCUAGACCAACGUGAACGAAUUGCGUUCAAAUUCGAAAGCACUAGAAUUCUUUUACCUAUUGAAUGUAGUACUUCGACAAGAAAAUACCGGGCGAUAUGAAAGCUCACUCGUGCGAAUUGAACAUAUGUCCCAGCCCAGAUUAUCC